AUGCGGAGUACGGUACUUUUCCUAUCGACGUUACUAUGUUUUGCCAAUGCGCUGAAUAUCAUACUGUAUUCACAAGUGGUCGGUCCCAGCCAUCUCGACUUUGCCAAUUCGCUCGUCGAAUCGCUGACAAGACGUGGGCAUAACGUGGACAUGAUCGUCGGGCGCAUGAACACCAACGCGAAGGCGUACGGCACCUCUUCGGCUCGCCGUCAGAUUACUGUAGGAUUCGAGGAGAACAGCCCCUGGGUGGCGUCCACGCAUCUUACGGACCCAUUCGUCGACAAAAGACCCGGAUUUCUCGAGCCGAGAUUGAUGGAUUUGUUUGAGGAUGUGACGAUUGAGAUGUGCGAUUUAUUCCUCAGCGACGUCCGCCUUUCCGAGAUGCUACGCGAUGACAAGUACGAUCUCGCACUAAUGUCAGCCUACGAUUACUGUCCGCUGGCCAUGUUUCAUCAUAAUGGUAUCAAAAAUGUCGCCUCCUACAGCCCAACACCGCUAUUUCCGCUUCAAAGCUACGCCAUCGGGCUUCCAAGCCUCCCUAGCUACGUGACUGACAUUCUCCAAUCCGUCUCCACUUCCCUGAACCUCAAUUUCGUGGAACGGACUGAAAAUGUGCUGUUCGCCUUGAAAUACGAGCUCAUCGAGCAUCAGCGCUUUAUUAGAAGAACGGACGCCGUCGUGAGAAAACACUAUGGCUCGUCUUUUCCGAGUACAGCAGAUUUGGCCAAGGACAUGGCCGUGACGUUCGUGAAUUCGAAUGAACUGCUCGAACAGGGUCGCCCGAUAAGCCACAAAGUCAAAUACAUUGGCGGCAUAAAUAGGAGAGAGCCGCAGAAAUUGGACCCUGAAAUGGAGGCCCUCCUGGGGAAGGCCGGCACCGGAAAUGUCAUUUUUUCGUUCGGCACGCAGAUUCUAACCACCCGCAUCCCGCGUGAAAUCAAAAUUGGAUUGGUUCGGGCGUUUGCCGAAUUUCCGGAAUACAAUUUCAUCUGGAAAUUCGACGGAUCGGCUGAUGAGAUGGAAUGGUUAUUCCGGAACGUUACAAAUGUUUUUCCGGUGAAAUGGUUGCCCCAGAAUGAUAUGCUAGAUCACCCUCGUACCGUAGCCUUCAUCUCGCAUAUGGGCCUCAACUCGUACUUGGAGGCCUCAUACGCCGGCGUGCCCACGAUUUCGAUCCCAAUUUUUGCUGAUCAGAUCUGGAACUCCAUGAACGCAGAAUCUCGCGGAAUCUCGGUUCUCAUCCGAAAGUCCGAGGUGACCGAGAAGCGAAUGGUGCGCGCCCUGCAGAAAGUGUUGGGGAACCAUGGAAUGACGAAAAAGUGCCACACCCUGGCGAAGAUGCUCAAAUCAAAACCGCAGGAGCCGGAGGAGCUAUUUGUGCAGUGGGUUGAGUAUGCGGCAACGUUUCAGGGCCUUUCCGACUACAUCAACCUGCCGUCGUCUCGAAUGUCGGGAAUCGUGCACAGUAAUCUCGACUUCAUCGCUUGUCUCUCAAUUUCUUGCUUGAUUUUUGUUACCGUAAUCCCGUACCUGCUCUACCGUAUCCUAGGGCCUGCCUUGGCUUCAUUUACGCCAAGGAUAGUGAAGGUGAAAAAGCAG